AUGGAAAGGGACACCAAUGUUCCAUUUGCAAUAAAAGGAAUUCGCAAAAUUUUAAGGAACAAAAUAAAACGUUGUAAUCCUGAGUCAAAUAACGAACUAAUCAACCAUGCAAUUUCGAUUAAAAAUAUUAGCAACAACCAAAGGAAUAAUGACAAACUAUACUCGGAACAAAUAACAGAAGACUUUCUCAUACAAGAAGUACGUCACAUAAAAGAGGAAGUAAUUGAUGUCAACGAAUCAUCUAACCACGAGAUGUCGGAAUAUUCAGAUUAUGAUAAUAUCAUGUACGUCGAUGAUAAAUCGGCAAAUGAAUUUUUUUUUACCGAGUCCAUAAACGUGGAUGCUCCAUGUGAGGACAAAACUAAAUCCCACAAUGAAGCAGAACAAUUGCACGAUUUAAUUGUCUUCACGUGCACAAAAUGCCGAAAAACAACGAAUAACCCGGAAUAUUUCGUAAAAAAGACCGACUUGCAGUGUUCCGAUUGUCAGGCAACGAUGAAAUUCCAAUGUCCUCGUUGCAAACUUAUGUUCAGAAACUUCGACAACGCCGUCAGGCACGCGAAGCAAAGCUGCCCGAUCGGCGAGUCCACGAGUUUAUCUCCAAUGUUACUGAUCGAAACGAAAGACAACGUACAUAAGUGUUCAGCCUGUGGCUACAGGAGUGCGAGCACAUUAGAUUUCCGUCGCCACAUCCGGUUCGCGCAUCCGAACGACGACUCGGCGUACGCGUGCAGUCGCUGCUCGAGAAACUACAAAUCACGCGACAGUAUGAUGAAGCACCUGCGACUCUGCGGACGAGAACCACACAUCGUGUGCGUGUUUUGCGGCUACAAAACUAAGCGUCGCGAACAUCUUCGUGUGCACAUGCGACACAAACACCCUGAUCCAGAAUCCUGCCAUGGGGGUGGAUACGAUUGUCCGAACUGCAACAAGAAAUACAAAUAUUUGAUGCCCUUGAAAUCGCAUUUGAAGAUUUGCGGAAUGAAGAAAGCUGAGAUUGAUAAUCUUGCCAAGAGUACACAAGGGAAAGAGGCUGAAGAGACAACGAACACCACGAAAGAAACGGAGUAGAUUUUUUUUCAAAUCGUGCAUUUAAAAGUUACUUAGACUGAAACUAGACUUGUUAAACGAAAUAAUAGAAGAAUUUUAGCCUCAAAAAGAUUCUAGAGGGAAAAAUUUAUUAUGGCCUAACUUUCAUUUGGAAUUGAUUUUUCUGAAUAAUUAUUGUGAAAAAUAUAAAUAAACAUUUUUGCGACAAAAAAAAACAUUAGUUUAAUUCGCUUGAUUUUUUCAUACUAUUUUAUUGAUUAUACUUUCAUUAAUAUAAUUUAAUAUAGUUUAGAA